AUGGCGGAAGAAGGAACUUUACACUAUGAUCCAGACAAAAACUAUGAUGAAGAAACACUUGCUCAGCAAAGGAUUAUUGAAAAACAGAUUGCUGGAACUCAGGACUUUGUCACAGAACGUUUGGACUUCAGUGUACUAGAACAAGAAUAUGCAGAAGACCCUGUAUAUAUUAAAAAAGUGCGAAGCCUGAAGUCUAAGUAUCUUUGCCUCCGUAAAACAAGAGGUGAUGGCAACUGCUUUUACAGGGCUUUUGGGUUUGCAUAUUUUGAAAAGCUCCUUGAAGAUCAAGAAGAAUUCAACAGAUUCAGGGAUGUCGCAUCUAAAAGCAAAGAUGUUUUAGUCUCUCUAGGGUUUCCUCAGUUUACCAUAGAAGAUUUCCACGACACUUUUAUGGAAGUUGUGGACAAAGUUGGUAGUCAAUGCCCAUUAGAAGAACUGCACAAAAUCUUCAAUGACCAGGGAUACUCAGAUUACCUAGUUGUUUAUCUAAGACUUUUAGUGUCUGGUCAUCUCCAGAAAGAGGCAGAUUUCUUUUCUAAUUUUGUGGAAGGUGAUAGAACAAUAAAGGAGUUUUGUAAUCAGGAAGUGGAGCCUAUGGGCAAAGAGAGUGAUCACAUUCACAUCAUAGCACUGACUGCUGUCACUGGAGUGUCCGUUAGAGUGGAAUACAUGGACCGUGGAGGGGAGACAACAAAUGCACAUGACUUUCCAGAUGGUUCAACCCCCAAAAUAGCUCUUCUUUAUAGACCUGGACACUAUGACAUAUUAUAUACAUGACUGAAAUGGUAGUGCUUGCUAAACUGUAUAGAUAUUUGAAGUUUAUGAAACUUACCACCCACAAAAGGUUUGGAAUCCUGGUUGAGAGGCAUAAUUCCUGACAAAGACAUUUAGUGUUUGAAAUGCCUUGUGAAGGUGGACUUGUGUGGCAAAAUACCAAAUACUUUUGCCUUAAACAGGUUAUUAUAAUAACAUCAGUGCAAGUAUUUUUCAAAGCUGCCAAAUAUAUUUUGGAUAAAUAGUUAAAUGAAUUUACAUGGAUAAUAAAUGUUUGCAAGUUCAAUUGAAGUACAGCAUUAAGAGCAA